CAGCCCUUCUCCGAAAGUGUUUUUCUUCUGCAGUGCAUGGUCGAGCGGAGCAGCCAAGGAGGGGAGGGAGGGGAGAAAAGGAUAAAGCCCAGCCAUGUGGGCAGGGCUGGGGCUAGUUCUGAGUCUCUGCCUCCUCCCAGGAGGAGGGGCAGAGAUCCAGAACUGCAAAGAGCCCCCAGAAUGGCAUAUUGGGGAGGAGAACCCAAUGCUGAACUCUAGGGGGUCGGUGACAGUGGUAGCUCUCCUCCAAGCUAGCUGAUACUUGUGCCUGCUGCAGGCUUCCAGAUUGGAGGACUUGCGAGUGAAGUUAGAGAAUGAAGGACUGGUCAAUAUCUCGUAUGUGGUUGUCAACCACCAGGGAACUCAGUCCCACAGGAAAUUUCACCUACUGAAAGAAAGUGUUUCAGACUGUAUCACUGUCUACCAGCAGGAUGAACAGCAAGCUGAUGUCUGGACUACCUUAAAUGGAAACAAACAUGAUUUUCUCAUCUAUGACAGAUGUGGCCGUCUAGUGUAUCAUCUGGGUCUGCCCUAUUCCUUCCUGUCUUUCCAAUACGUAGAAGAAUCUAUAAAGAUUGCAUACUGUGAAAACAAGUGUGGAAAUUGCUCUUACACGGAACCCUAUAUUGAUGAUAUAUGUGAAAACAUCACUAAAAAGGCAGAUGAAAAGCUAGCAGAGAUAGAACCAAAACCAGCUGGCCAACAUUCACAUCGUCACCACCUGCACAGACACAGACACCACCACCAUGAGGAGAGUCAUCAUUCCAAAAAUGAGAACCAACAGGCUCCUGAUGAAUCUCCAAGCCGACACUUCUCUCGGCGUCAUAGAGUUUUUGGCCAUAACAGACAUGAUCAGAGAGGUAAUCAAGAACCGCUAGAAACUCUUCCUCAGGGAGAAGGUGCAGAAUCUCAUACACAAGAUAAAAAGCUAUGAAAAAAGAGAAAAGCCAGCUGUAAAAACCAGUUAACUUGAACCUGGCAGAAAGCAUCAGACUCAGCUUCUAGUAGCUGAUGCUGACAUUGUCGACACCUUUUGUUUGAAGAGCUAAGGCAUUCUGUCACUUGACAGUGUCACGGAGCACUUCCGAAUUCUUGCAGGUGACACGGCCAGCUGUUAGCAGAGGACAUUACUGAAUCAUGACAGUGACGUCUGCUUUCAGCUGCCUGACAGUCACCAGCAGCAAGAGAAACUAGUGACACCUGACAGUGACAGGAAGAGGAAGGAAAGUGAGCCUGAGAAACAAACUAAACACCAUAAAACACUAUCUAAGUUCAUUUAAUUUUGGGAGUGGAAAAAAUAACAGAUGAAGUGUUUUUAUUGCCCCACAAUAAAAAAAAUUAUCUCAAGACAGGUGACGGAAGCGUGGAGUUAGAAUAUAAGUAGCGCAAACAAAUGGAGCGUUACAGCAGCGCUCUUGGAAGUAAACAAAACCUAUCUAAUUCCAUCAAUGAAAAACUUCCUAUUUUAAAGCCAUUUAACUGACCCAUAGUUUGUUUUUCAGUUGCAGUUGAAAGGUGUCUGCGUUCUUGAUUAAUUUGUCUUUCUUGUUUUUCUUCUAACAUUCUGCUUGCAUUUGUGAGGACAGGAGCAUAAACUAUGACCUAGGGGCUUCUGUUUGAUGCUAGCAACCAAGAAUAGAAGAUGACCAAAAAAGAUAUUUUAAUCAUACUUUAUUGUUAAGAAAGAACAUGGAAUAUAUUCACAGUUUGUUUUUUUUUUUCUAACCUAUGGAUACAAAUUGCGUACAAUAAAAUGUUAUUUCUAAGCAACACGCCACAAUAACUUCUUAUCUCAAAUGUAAGCAAUAAUUGCAUUAUUUGAAAGUAACAGAUUAUAUGUUUAUCUUUUAUUGCUAUUUACUGUAUCGGGGUCCAGUACUACACACUGCUGCAGCUUGUAAGAUCCUACUAAAUUAAUAGGAUUGUGCCUAAAAUGACAGGCAGUGUUAACAGCUCGUAAUGCAGAUCAGUAUCUAUAUAAAAAAGUGGGAGGGUAGGGACCAAAUUCAGUCUUGAUGUAAUGUUUGUCUUUGCUUAGAACAGUGCUGAAUUUGAUAAUCUGUAUUGAUUAGUACUGCAAUAUUCUGCUGAAACUUGUAUAACUAUUGUUUUUAACUUAGCACUCUUUGACUAACCAAGUUAAAGUGAAAAUAAAGUCAUUUGAAAGAUUCUUGGAUAAAGAAGAGAAUAUUCAAGAAAGGAAAACCACAUUGAAAGCAUACACCAUAGUUGAUGAUGGCUUAAUAGGGAAACUGUUACUCCUACAAAACCUGAAGCUUCUUAUGGUGAAUGCUGAUUAGCAGGAAAGUACUACUGAACAGAAUGUAUGUUUAGGGAAUGUUUGACAAGAGUUUUUCAAUAAAAAAUAGAUUCAGUA